AUGGCCAUUUUCAGUGGAUUUAUGGCUCCAGAAUACCUCAAGUAUGGACAAUUCUCAGUCAACUCUGAUGUUCUUAGCUUUGGGCUGCUGGUCCUGAAAAUCAUCAGUGGUCAAAAGAAUAUUUCCUUUCAUAAUGAAGAGCAAGCACAAGAUCUAUUAACCUAUAGAAAUUGGAACGAAGGGAUGGCUUUGAAUUUGAUAGACACUGGUAUGAAAGUUGGUUCCAGCAGUGAAGUGAUGAGAUGUAUUCAGAUUGGGUUGCUUUGUGUUCAAGAAAAUGUCUCAAAUAAACCUACAAUGGCUUUAGUUGUUCUCAUGCUCACUAGCUGCUCUUUAUCGGUCCCGGUUCCCCUCAAACCUGCAUUUUUUGUGCAACCAUACUGUGAUAUGGAUGAUUCAGAAUCACCUAUGCUGGAUCGCAAUCAAAAUCAUGUUCAAUUUUCCUUGAAUGAGGCUUCAAUUACUGAACUAGAGGCUCGUUAA